ACUCGUCAUUGCUACAAACUGGUAGUAGAUAUUAUUAAUAUUUGUGUUCUUUAAUAAAAAGAAAAUCCGUGAUUAAUUAAAAAUCUUGAGUAUAGGGAAACACGUAACAUUAGUGUAUUUCUAUAUAGCAUUCUUGAUGUUCACGUCUUGUUAGUAAUUUCCAAAUAACUAAAAAAAAUAAUCAGCUGAAAUGGAUGAUAAUAAAUCAACAAGCGAAAAUUCAGAAAUUCCCAAAUCACCUACAACUCCAACCCCGAAAGGAGAUAAAGGCAAUAAAUGAUAUAUUUAAAAUUUACAAUAUAAAAUUCUUACGAUUAAAAUUUAUUCAACAGUGGAUAUAUUAUUGAAGAACGUCGGAUCUGCUCCAAUUUUGACAAAGAAAAAAUGGGCAGUUGCUCGAAGUAAAACAGUUUCCGAGAUUGUAGAAUUUGUCCGAAAGCUUUUAAAACUCGAACAAAGCCAAACUCUCUUCCUUUAUGUUCAGCAAUCAUUUGCACCAGCUCCUGAUGUUGAGAUUGGCACUUUAUAUGACUGCUUCGGAUCUAACUCUCGUUUAGUAUUUCAAUAUUGUCUAACAACUGCUUGGGGCUAAUAAGCCUAAAAUUUUUUAAUAUCGAAUGACAUUUUUAACAUUGUAUUAAAAUAUAUAUAAGCUAUUUUAUUAAUAGAUAAUUGGUUAAAAACACAAAAUAUCCCAUUUCAAUCUCAGUUGCAUUAAAAUUUAAAAGCAUUCAAGAUACGACCUAAUAUCAUCAAUUUUAUUUUGAUAAGAUACACAAAUCUAAACUAUUAAAGAUAAGGUAAUGGGCGUUAACUAAUAACUAAUUAAGCAUAAAAUCAAUCAACGAUGGAACAAAAUGAUCGGCAGGAAAUUAUAGGAAAUGAUGUUCUGUCAAAUGAGCAGACAAAUGAACAAGUAAAUGAUGAAAAGAGUGAAAAGAAGAUCCAGGAUAAGGGACUAUCAUUGCCAUUGACAGCUUUCUUCAUUAUAGGAGAUAUUGCAGGUAGUGGAAUGCUGGCCCUACCAAAAGCAUUCGACAAUGCGGGUUUCAUAGGUCCAGUGUUACUGUUAUUGGGAGCUUUGUCAUCAGGAUACAAUGGAAUUAGGCUCGGUCAGUGUUGGAUGAUAAUCAAAAGACGAUAUCCAAAUUUAGGAGAGCAUAUUCGAAAUCCUUAUGCUACAAUUGGAGAGAAAGCAUUUGGUUCAAAAAUGGCAUUGAUAGGAAUAAUUGCAGCAAUGGCUACUAUUAUUGCAACGUUUACAAUCAGUUCUGAUAUAAUUGUUUACAAAGUAAAGCAUAAACCUAAAUUGGAAUUCUCUAAUACAAAAGUUGUAAAUCUAUUUCUUGCAUUUGGAACAAUAAUGUUUGCUUUUGGAGGAACGGCAACAUUUCCAACAAUACAACACGAUAUGAAUAAACCAGAAAAGUUUCAUAUAUCAGCGACAUUCUCUUAUAUUGGUAUUUUAUCAAUGUAUCAAUUAGUAGCAUUACUAGGUUAUUAUACUUUUGGUAAUCAGUUAGUUGAUAACAUUCUAAAGAGUUUAUCUAUUGGAUGGUUAAGAUACACUUCAGAAAUAUUAAUAACAAUUCAUUUAAUAUUCGCAUUUGUUAUUAAUUCAAACCCAGUGUUCCAAACUGUUGAGCAUAUCCUAAAGAUUCCAACAAAUUUUAAUUGGAAGAGAUGCAUAAUUAGAACAGUUGUUAUACUAUUCAUCAUUUUCGUGGCAGAAACAAUACCAAAAUUUGGAGCCUUGCUAUCUCUAGUUGGAGGUACAUCAACAGCAUUCUUAACGUUUGUUGCUCCAAGCAUGUUCUAUUUAAAAUUAUGUUCUUCAAAAGGAGAUUGGCAAGAAAUCAAAGUACCACUUCAUCACAAAGUCAUAUGCUGUCAACUAAUGAUAAUUGGAACAUUAGGAGGAAUUGCCACAACAUAUUCCGCUAUAUCAACAAUUAGCAGUUCAAAAACAUUUUUCCUACCAUGUUAUGUUAACAUAACAGCCGCUGAUCUUGCAGUUAAUCCCUAA